GCAGAAUCCCGCGAGCGAACGGCAUCCCGGCCUCAUGAGUGUCGAGUUUCGCAUCCUUCAUGACGACCCGAGGAUUUUGCGUCGGUUGACGGCCCUAUUUUCAUCUUGGAAAGCCUUGGAAGCCGUCAGGUCCGUAUGGCCCGCAAUUAUGCCUCUGAUGAACGGCCGAUGGUAUCCAGGCACCCGCCAGCCCUCGGUACCCCCUUCCCGCCUCACAUAAAGCGGACGCGCGCCUAGACGGGUCCUCACCAAUCUUCACACUCGCCGCUGCUUGCAGGGUAUCCCACUUUCUUUCCCCUACUCCCUCUCGUUCGUCUACGCCUCCUCCUUCUUCGCGCUCGCGCAUUCGCUUGCCUGUCUCUUUAGUCCCUUCGCUUGACCACUCUUGAACGCACUUCGCCAUGUCUUUCUCCCGCAUCGCUUCUGCCGCACUGGUCGCUGCGCUGGGCGCCGCCUCCGUGCGCGCGCACGGUAUUGUGUCCGGUGUCCUCGUUGACGGCUCCACCUACUACGAGGCGUACAACCCGUUCCAGGACCCGUACAUGAACCCGGUCCCUGACCGUGUUUCUCGUCCUGUUCCGGGCAACGGUCCCAUUGAGGACGUUACUUCGGACGAUCUCCGCUGCAAUGGCGGUAAGAGCGCCAACCUUGUGGCCACCGCCGGUGCCGGCUCGUCCAUCGACAUGCAGUGGACUGCCUGGCCCGACUCGCACAAGGGCCCGGUCAUUACCUACAUGGCUCAGGUUCCCGCCAGCGAGGAUGUCAAGACCUGGGACCCUACGGACGCCGUCUGGUUCAAGGUCGAUGAGGCCGGUCUCGAGGAUGGCAAGUGGGCCGCGACGGAUAUCAUGAUCGCGAACAACAACACCUGGACGUGGCAGGUUCCUUCGGACCUCGCUGCGGGCAACUACCUUGUUCGUCAUGAGAUCAUCGCUCUCCACUCCGCCGGCUCCUACCCAGGCGCGCAGCUCUACCCCAUGUGCCUGCAGCUCGAGGUCACCGGCUCUGGCUCGUCCAUGGCCAGCGCCUCUGACAUGGUUGCAUUCCCCGGCGGCUACACCCCGGACACGCCUGGUAUCGUCUUCGACAUCUACAACGGCGCCACGGACUACCCCAUCCCCGGCCCCGCGCUCUGGUCGGGUGCUGGCGGCAGCGGCUCUGGUUCCGGCUCUGCGUCCAGCGCGGCUUCGAGCGCAGCCCCGUCCACCUCGGCUGCUGCUUCGACCUCCGCUGCCGCUUCCACGUCUGCCGCUGCCUCGACCUCUGCAGCCGCCACGUCCGCUGUGAGCUCCGCGCCCGCCGAGACCUCGGCCCCUGCCACCUCUGCGGCUGAGUCCUCGGCUGCGGCCACGUCCGCUGCGUCGUCCGCUGCCUCUGCCCCAGCGUCGUCCGCGCCCGCCGCUUCCUCCGCCCCGGCCUCAUCUGCCCCCGCCGUGUCGUCCGCCCCCGCCACCUCCGAGGUCGCGUCGUCCGCCCCUGCUGCCACCUCCGCAGCCGCCACGACCUCCGCCUCCGGCCCCGCCACGACCGGCAUCGUCGACGCCAACGCGUGCAUGAACACCUACAACCAGUGCAUCGCCCAGUCGCAGCCCAACCCGGACUGGACCGGCUGCGGCGCGACGAAGGACAGCUGCCUCGCGACCGCGACGUACAACGUCAACAUGGCCGCGCGCGCGAAGCGCGAUGGCAAGUUCGGCCGCCUUUUGCUUUAAAGACAUCGUGCAACUCAUCAGCACGUUCACCGCGACUGACUUUUCAAUUUUGAGACAAUGCAAUUCUUAUGAUGGAGGCGCUCCGCGAGCCGGCCCUAGUGGUCGGUCUCGUUUACUGUAUUUUUAUGGGCGAUAUAGUGUCCGGAAAAUACCUGCGUACCAAAAUGGAAAGCUCGAGGCUGAGUUCGCUC